AUGUCUCCCAUCCUCAAGCGCGACGUGGCCGAGACGGUGCGCCAGGCGCGCCGCCUGGCCGCCGCGGCGGGCUUGCGCGACUACGACGAGUACGGCGAAUACGAGCUCGACCCCGUCGGUGUGUCCAAGGUCGCGGCAGCCAACACCCGAAGUGGUGGAGCUGUCGCGUCUGGGUCAGCCGAGUGGGAUCGCGAUCGAGAACGUACCGACCACGAACGCGGUAGAGAAGUUACAGAAGGUCGCUCGACAAGCCUGGACCUUGACCAUGGAGAGAGCUACGAUAACGCACCCCUCCUCCGUGCCCAUGACGACUCGGAGUCAGUGACAACCACCAUGAGCGCCAUCGAGGGCAAGUGGGGCGACCUGAAAGGAUUGUUGUUUUCGUCCACGCCCUCAUUGCUGUUCGGACUGCUUGGCCUCGUCUUUUCCGGCGAGCUGCUUGAGCACUGCGCCCGUUGGCGCGUGUUCCGGCGCGUUGACGAGCUGUUCAUCCUGGUCCCCAUGAUCGGCAAUCUCAAGGGCAACCUUGAGAUGUGUCUGUCUGCACGACUCGGCACGUCGGCGACGCUUGGCGAGCUCGAUGGCAGGCAAACGCGUCGCAGCCUGCUCAUUGCCAACAUGACACUGCUCGGCCUGCAGGCUCUCCUCAUCUCGAGCCUCGCGGCAGUCAUCUCCUUCUUGCUCGGUCUCAUCACCAUUCACCGUCUCGGUGACGUCCCCGCAGGCUCGGGACCAUCCAACGGCACCGUCUCCGACCCAAGUCAAAGCGACCCCUGGCGCGAAGGUACCACACGCCCAGGUGGAGCUCAGCUCGUCAUGGUCCUCGCGACUGGCAUGGGUGCUGCUGGCUUGAGCUCUCUGGCGCUCGGCAGCUUUAUGAGUAGCCUUGUUGUUGUGUGUAGGUGGAAAGGAGUGGAUCCAGACAACAUUACGCCACCUGUCGCAGCAUGCCUUGGAGACCUUGUCACGCUCUUUGUGCUGGCGCUCAUUGGAACACUGCUUGUUGGCGCCAUGGAUACUGUAGGCCCGCUCCUCGGUGUGAUCCUCAUGGGCGCCGCAGCAUCGUGGUUCACGGUCCGCGUAUUGCGGGACGAGUGGGUCCGCAACAUUGCCCGCGGAGCUUGGUUGCCUCUGAUUGGCGCCAUGCUCAUCUCCUCUGGGACCGGUAUGGUUCUCGAGUCCGGUGUGGGCAAGUACCGCGGCUUUGCCCUCCUCGCCAUCUCCAUGACUGGCUUGACCGGCUCGCUCGGCGCAAUCCACGCCAACCGCCUAUCCACAACGCUACACACUGCACUGCACCCGGAAUCGCGCUCGUCAAGGGAACGAAAAGCACAUGGACUCACCCCGGGACAAAGCAUCAUUGUGCUUUUCGUCCUCGCGUUCCCCUGUCAAGGCGCCUUCCUCCUUUUCGUUCACUUUUCAGGAUGGAGUGACGUCGACCUGGGAUGGGUGGGCUGGGUGGCGUACACUGUAACCACCAUCUUCUCCCUCGUCGUUGCGCACUAUCUGACAAUAUUCUGUUGGUGGCGCGAUUUGGAUCCAGACUCAUACACCCUACCCCUCCACUCGGCCACUGUCGACUUGGUGGGUCAGAUCGUGCUCAUGUGCGCAUACGAGCUGUGUAUCUGGCGGGGCAAUACGUCGGUCAUGGAGGUAGCAGACUCUGUGAGGCGAACGGUGAUGACAUAG